AUGCAGUAUAAUCCAGGUGCCACGCAAUAUCCGGCUGGUCGUCUGGUUGAGCCGACGACAGACGUGGGAGAGAGAGGAGGAUUCCUCACCCGCAACACCACCUCCUACUGGGGCGACAUUCAGCAGUUUUUCAAGCAAGAAGAUAACCAGAGAGAGAUCAUCAUAGCACCGUACGUCUUUUCUUCCCUUCUCGCCCCACCUUCUAUUUUGCAAAGCAUUCGGUUGGCGAUUGGCACUCCUUUCCCAACCGUCGACUCCCUCGCUGCCUCUCUCAACGCAGAGGGAGAGGAGGAGGGGGCCACGAAGAGGACGUGGAGGGGAUUAAAGAAUUCGGUCGUUUCCCUGUUUUCCAAUUUGAGGACGAGCGAGUGGGCGGAUAGUAUUGAUUCGGGAGCGUACGACUCGACGUGUCAUGCGGCUCAAGCGAGAGAGGACGCGGGUGAUCAUGGUCUCAACCCGGGUACAUUCUACUGCAGCUUUACCGGUACAAUUUCGGUUAAGGAAGAAGGGUCGGCUCAUCACCGACCGGAUCGGUCGUUCAAGUCGGAUAUCUUCAUGUACAUCAUGGCCAAGAUGGUCGGCUCGUUCUCCUACAACCUCUCUCCCCUUCCCUCGUUCCUCCUCGCCAAGCCAACUCCUACCCUCUCCACCACCCUCAAAGUGUCCAGGAGGAGGAGACGAUUAGAGAUUUGCGCUUCUGAACCCAUCACACCCGUCGAAGAAGAAGCGACCUCUCCCUCGUCCGCACUCGGCGUCGACUGGCUCGGUCAAGAAUCCACCGCUAAACCCCGCCCAUCCCUCAGCACCCACUCUACAUCCACAUCCUACUCUUCCAACUUGAGCGCGAGCUCGGGGUCGAGUGGAUGGCACUCGCGCACUUCCUCGUCCUCCCUCAACACACCCGCGGAAGAAGACUGCGAGCAAGAAUGUACGUGGCCAGCUAUGCGUCACUCACAUUCCAGACAAGUCUCGGCCGUCUCUAUGACUUCGAUGGAUGAAGGAGAGGAGCAAGAGGAAGAGGGUGUCAAGCGUGGACAUCAUAGGCGGUGGUCGUCGACCGAUUGGUACGCGUCUAUUGCUGCCAAUUGGCUUCCCAAGUCGGUCGCUUCUCCCCCUAUUACUCCCGUCGAAAGACGAGGUGUCGCUCCUGGCCUACUCGCCAUGAAGAAACACGCCAAGAAACAAGCUCGACACGAGCCCGUCGUCGUCGAGGAGGAAGAGGUGAAAGUAAAGGGGGAGCAAAAACUCCGCGACGACUUGUGGGAAAACGAUGGUGUCGUGCCCAUGUUUUCUCAGAUCCACCCUUCAGAGUGUUCCAUUCACCACUGCCAACACCACGGCUCCCUCUCCCUCGACACCACCCCCAAGAAGCAAGACGGCGACUGCAACGGCCUUCACAUUGGCACGUUCGAUAAAGGUGUCUGGCACGUAUUCACCUCUCGCGGUCUCUCGCACAACACGUUUGUCGGUGGCAUCUCGCGAUACGAAUCUCGUCGUGCUGCCUUGUGGACCAAGAUCAGCGAGGCCGUCAAAGAUUUGGACUUGACAGCCCGUGCACAACGCUCACCCUCAAUGAGCCCCGCAAAGUUUGUCGUCACCCCGCCAUCCCCUUGA